AUGACUGUUACGGAGGCCACGAUCCCUUCCGCUGCAAGCGAGGACAAACCCCCAACCCACGACCAGGUGGGAACGACCGUCUCCAAAGUGCCCGUGCCCUUCGAGGCCGCGAACGAAAUCUUUGGCUUCGCCGUACCGCUCCCGUACCUGCCUCACCGUGACCCGAGGCACCCGUCCUUCCGGCCCGUCCCCAGCCCACGACUGGACCCCUACUGGAUGGCUGAACUAGCCACGCCUCCCACCCAGACCCCCGAUGCUGCCGUCCCCAAGCCUCUUGCGGACCAGGUCGAGCCGGAACCUGUACCGGACCAGGUCGAGCCGGAACCUGUACCGGACCAGGUCGAGCCGGAACCUGUACCGGACCAGGUCGAGCCGGAACCUGUACCGGACCAGGUCGAGCCGGAACCUGUAGCGGACCAGGUCGAGCCGGAAUCUGUAGCGGACCAGGUCGAGCCGGAACCUGUAGCGGACCAGGUCCCGCCCGAGUUUGUAGCCGACCAGGUCCCGCCCGAGUUUGUAGCGGACCAAGUGGUCGAAUUGGAUGCCUAUUCGGAGACGGACGUGGCAGUGGUGCAGCAGUUGUCUUUGCCAGCAGAGUUGGUGUUAGACACGGACCCGUGUCCGCGUGCAGUGCAGACGGCCGACGGUGUGCGGAGUUUUAUCACAGGUCGGGAACGUGGUGCGGAGGAUGGUCGUUCGGAGCCGGUGGACCCUCCGCGAGUCGAUCACCGACUUGAUAACAAGAAGCUUAACAAUGUCCUCUUCGACUCCGAUGGACACAUUGGGUUCACCACGAUAGUUCAUACCGCACCGCGAGCCGCUAAGUUCCUCCACAUCGAUGACCCACAGUCAGCGACUGACGCUCUUGCCGCCGCUUCCCUCUCCCAAAAGGCACGUGCCGUCCUGUCGGAACUGACCAGACCCGCCACCGGCAGCAGAGUAGCCGAACUCCGCCAGUCCGAGGUAAAGGCGGAACCGGAACCCGUCCAGCAGGUGGCGGGGGAACCAGCUCUGGUGGAGCCAGUUCAGGAGGCAUCCCCGGUGGAGCCAGUUCAGGAGGCAUCCUCGGUGGGACCUGGUGCGAUUGAAUCCCCGGUGGGUGUUGAAUCAGUCACUCCGGUGGCUGGAUCGGCGCCGGUGAUCCAGAUUUUGUUGCCGCUGGAAGUGCCGUAUUUGGCGGCGGCGGAGAGUACGGCGCCAGCCACGCGUACGGCGAAGGCGUCAGGGUGCGGAGGUGGCGCGUGUGAGUUGUCUGCAGCCGAUGCGUGUGACCCCGAGCGUGUAUUGUCGUGCGUGAAAACGUGUGAGUGUGUGCGCCAAUGGCGUGAGAUGGCACAGCGGUGUCGUGUGGGUUUGUUGUACGCGUCGUGGGGUCUGUCGGCGGACGACGCGCACACGGAUGUGGUGACUGGGUUCCAGCGUGUGGGUUCUGUACAGAAGCGGCAUGCUCUGGCACUGGGCAGUCGCCCUCGGCAAAACGCGACGCUCGAACUAACCAGUUGGGGACUCGCCCACGUACGUGUCAUUCUCACUAUCGAUGCACAUCCCGUGCUUGUCGAGUGCGUCCAAGAAGACCAAGUCGUACGCUGCAUCAAAGACUUCCUAUGGAUUCUCUUCAACAAUGGAGCGCCUCUCAAUCUCACCCUCAUUGACCACCUCCCAACCAGCGCUAGCACCACUGCCGUUGCGGGUGGCACCACUGCCGUUGCGGGUGGCACCACUGCCGUUGCGGGUGGCACCACAGAGCAACAGACCGUUGAACAGGCCACACACAUACCCGGCAAGUUCUACAGCGCCAACCUCACUGCCGUCCAACUCCUACAGGGUCUCGUGCAGGCCUGGGGUGGCACCUUCACACACCUGCACACGCCCACGACCACAGACGAUGUCGGCAAGGAAAGACUAGCCGAACUCUCCUUCCGGCAACUACUUAAAAAAGCCACACACCACACCAAGUGCGCCUGA